AGCAACAGUGGUUGUAGCGGUGACGGAGACGGCGGGGAAAAGCCUAUCGCAGACACUGGAACAGCGGAACUUGCGCUGCUGGAACUGAAAACGAAACCGGUCAGUACACCUCUGUAUUUACCUCCUCAAACUAAACAUUCUCCGUACGGAAACAGUGAUCGUUUGUGUUGUCAAUACAAAUACUAUUCUGACAAACGUGAAACACGACAGAACUUUUCAAACAAAUCGACCAAUUACAGGUGUAUAACUGCAAAAUUCCCAAGUGCACAGUCAGUAGCGAGAGAAGCAGAGUCGUUACAACAACUGCUGUGCGGUAGUGAUAAUUCUGAUAAUGUUGUUCUUUCUUCAAAUGAUGUUUGUGGAGAUAUCGAGUCGGGUUCGGAAACGCGGAUAAAUUUCAAUGAAGGCCCUAACAUGGAUUCUACAAAAAUUAUUAACAACCAACCUGCUGACGGAUUUCAUAACUCAAUAGUCUACCGAAAGUGUGACAGAAUCUCUGGUGAGGGUUCUGGUGAAAUUAUUUUAUCUUCGGACUACGGUGGUGUAUCCUCCGGUAAUCGCGUUGAAAUGAAAAAAAGUUCAUCUCCUUGUAAAAUACCUGUUCAACAGAAACAAAAGACAAACAUGAGUACAGGGACUAAACAUUCUGUGAAAUCCAGCCAGCUUCCUCGUGGAAAAUCUACUUUGAUUGAUCAGACCACCAGGAUCUCCUUUAACAAACAAACCAGCCAACAGACAAGUGCUGACAGUAGUAGACUUCCGUCUAAAUGCACAGGUAAAAAAUCUUCUCUUGUUAAUGGGGAUACGAAUGUUAAGAAACAAGGUGAUAAAAAUACAACAAAUUUAAAAAAUAUCAACGUGGGUAAAUCUGUUAGUAGUUCUAAAAUACAUCGUAACACAGCAUUAAGUAAAACUAAACAUCAAACAACCAGUGAUAUAAGUUCUAAAAAUUGUAAUGAAUUAAUUUCAAUUGAUAAACAUAUUUCUACAGUUCUGUCUGAAGAGUCACCAGAAGAUAGUGAAUCAGCUAUUGAUGAAGUGAAAGUAGUUAAUGAAUUAAAUGAUAAAUUCCGUCUUCGGUCAGAUUCAGAGUCCAGCCAUGCUAGCCAUUCUUCUUUUUGUUCCCAGCUAUCCACUUCAUCGGUUAAAUCAUCUAUUUGUCUUCCAAGUUCCACUAAAGGUGGGCUUGGGAAAACUAGUAAAAUUCUUACAAGCUCCUGUUCUCGUUUAGCUGUGUCUAAAGCAGAAACAAAACUACAGAAAAAACCGUCCAUGCUAAGCCGUACCACCUCAUCCACAACUGUCUCUCGAACUAGUAAUUCUGCUUUGUCUCACCCAUCCAAGUCAUCUCCUGCACAUUCACGCCUAACGUCACGAGUUAACACUGAAAACUUACAAAGAGCUGUGAGCACAGGUUCUUUAAGAAAUAAUUCCAAUAAAUCUAGUAUUCCUCCUACUGGCAGACCUAAUACAACAGUUACAAAAAGUAGUGGUUUGUCACUGAGGCAAAAGAAAAUUGCUGAUUCAGCAUCUGAUCUUUCAGUUAACUGCACAACUAGAUUAGGUAGCAAAAUUCAAAACAAAGAAAGUUUAAAGACAGUCAGUUCCGAGAAUUUGUCAAACAAAAUUCAAAACUCAUUUGGAAGAAGUUGUGAAAAUUUAACAAAAAAGAAAAAAAAUGUGUUACAAGCAAGUUGUGAAAAUUUGUCAGUUAAAUCUCGCAAUAAUUGUGUCACCACUCCUGACUGUACACUUCAACAAAAAGGUAUUUCGCACAAUAAAAAAUUAACUUCCACUCAAAACAUUAACAAUGGAGGUUUGGUUCAUCAAAAGGAAAAAUACAGUGGUGGUAUGUCUUUAUUGAAGGCGAGCAGAAUUAGUGGCAGCAGCAGCAGUUCAAUUCCUACUGCCGCAACUGCAGCUGAUAAACUGGACAAUAAAAAAUUAAGUAAUCUCCGCUCUAGCACCUCCGCAGUUACUGAGCGGAGAACAGGUGUGGGGCUAGGUAGCAACCAGGAGGGCAAACCAACCACUAAUAUUGAUAGAUCUCAGAUUAAAAAGAGUGUACCAGCUACAGGUAAAAAAACUACAUCAUUAAAAUCAAAUGAAGCUAUUGAACCAUUAUCUAAAAAGAAACUUGUAGCAAAAACAAGUCGAGGUUUUAGUGACCAUAAAGUGACUUCUAAUUUGCCUACUGCUUCUUCUAAAGCUUCAUCUGGCAUUAAAAAGUCUAAGUUGUUAGAGGCUCAGUCUAAUAAUGUGAUUAGUCAGACAGCUGGCAAAAACUUUCAGGGAAGAGCAACCUAUGACAGUAACCGGUUACAGCUGGAUAAAACCAAGAAUACACUUUCUGUUAAUGAGGUAGAAAAUUUGGAAUUACAUUAUAAAGAACUAGAUGAUGCACCUGAAAAUGAAGAUAAAGUUGACAAAGAUAGCUCAUCAACAAAACCAAAUAUUUCUGAAAAUUUUGCUUAUGAUGAUUACAUGAUUAUAACUGAGGCCCUUUCUGAUGAAAGCAUAUCUGGGCCCAGUGUACAUGUCGGAGAUUUAGACAAUGUUUCAAACCCCAACCACCUCUCUGAUGUUGAUGCUUCGGAAAGUUAUCAAACUAGUUCUUCAGCUUCUGCCCUGGACAUCAGUUUACAUGAGGACUAUGUGUAUAAUGGAUCUCUUGUGACCUCUUCUAGUGACAACUGCACCGACAAGCACACUGGCUUCCAGCGCACACAGUCAGCUGUCCAUGCUUGCAGAGAAGUUACCAACAGCUACCAGGCUAACACCAGUGAGGAUGAGUGUAGUGAAAAAGAAGAAAAAGAGGAAACAGAGAGAAAAGAAGACAUAGAGGAAAACAGAGUAAAACUAAAAUUAUCAGACCAUGGUGUAAUUAAAUCUGAUGCCUAUUCUGAUAAAACUUUUGACUAUGAAGCUAGUUAUGACUGUAAUCUUUCCAGCUGUGGCUAUCAGCAGCCACAGAAACAUUAUGGACAGCCCUACCCCCAUCAACAAUAUCCCCACCAUCCCCCUCAACACCAUUAUCAUCCCCCACACCAAUCUACUGGAACUGAGAAUAGUUUUAAAAAUUUAUCAACAGAUGAAGGGAGGGGUGCUCAGUCUAGUCCACAGCUUCAUAGUAUUAAUGAUAGUAAAUGUGUGUAUAGCUUUGAAUUUGAAGAGGGACAAAAUCAAAAGCAGGCGGAAGAAGAUGGGGAGGAAAAAGCAGUGGGUGAGAGUGAAAACUUAGAAGAGAAAGCAUCAGUGGUUGUAUUUAAGUCAGCUGACAUUUACAGAGUGGCAGGGCAUGGGAUGCCAGUAGUAGAGUUCACCCCGCCCCAAAUAGCCCACCACAAUAUUUUGAGGAAUGAAAACAGUGGUAGUGGUGGUUGUAACCCAGUUUCUGCUACAGACAGAACAAGUAAAGAUGUGACAGCUACCAAAACUACUACAGUUCUGAGGGGAGACGCUGAUACUGAAGGAGAACUCGCAGGAGCUGAGAGAAGCGAUGAGGAAGCUGUCGACUGCCCUGUCAACAGACUGUUGCAAAGAGAAAGAGACAGACCAACAUCAUUCACACAAGUAAAUGUUGGUGAAGAAGCUCUGUUUAAGCAGCAGAUAAGUUUUGGUGAAGUUGCUGUGACAACAACAACAACAACAAUACUUGCAGCAACAAUAAAAGCUGAUGUUACCAAUUCCAGCCUUCAGGAAAUGGCAGACCAACCAGGGAUCCAGUCCUCUAAACUACAACUAGGAGAUCUUCAUACAUCUCAGUCAAGAACCCAGUCCUACAACAGAGAUGUCAUGUGUGAAAAAGGUGACUUAUCAAGGAGUACUGCUACGCUGUUUAUGGAAGAACAACAACAACAGCUGAAUUCUAAUGCAACCAGGCAGAUGACAGGCCCAUUCUUACCAUCUGAAAUGGGAUUCCUUGCUGGUCAGAUGCUCAGCCCCUGCAGUAAUGACAGCAGUAGCUUCAAAGAUAUCAGUGAUGGUGCUGUCACACCUCUCAGUGAUGUACAGGAAAUAUUUGACCAGGAAACCUCUCAACUGAAUGACAUGGGCAAUGUGGAUGAGCUAAGCAGUACCUGUAAACUUGUUAGUGAUAUUACAGAAGGUGAAGUUGAAGGUGUCCUUAUAGAAAUUGAAGACAGUACUUUACAAGUGUCUGGGAGUCCAGAUGGUGAAGACGAGAUUAUAGUAGAAGAGCAGGAUUAUGUUGUGACUGAUGAGAGGAAUUAUAAUGAAGAAUCAACUCAUUUUACAAAUGAUGAUAUAAUCGGUGAACGUCCAAUUGUGGAUGCUGGAGAAGAUCUUGCUGAAGUGACGCUGGAUAGUAAUGAAACACAAAAUUUAUGGUUCUCAAUUGAAGCAGAAACAGACAGUCAAUAUGAAAAUCUUAGUACAUCAAUCACACUAGAAAAUAUAGCGGAAUCUAGUAUUGGAGAGGAUGUUGAAGAACUCCUUGACCAGACUCCCAGUAUUGAAUCUAGCAACACCUCCUCACGAAUUCAUGGAAAUUUACGUGAAAGUAUUCUGAGGCAGUUACAAACACAAAUAAGUGAAGAUGAUGCUCCAGAUAUUUUAACAGAGGAAAUAUCUCCAAGCCUUGAGCAUUUGCAGUUAAGAACAAAAUCUGAGGAAACUGAUUUUGGUGAAUCUGAUCAACAACUAAUAUCAGGAUGUAAUGAAAAAAUGAUUAACAAAGAUUUUUAUUUGCAUUCCCAUCAAUUGGAACCCUGUUUUCAUACUGAUUCCCUAGCUGAGAAUAUCCAACAAAGAUCUGCUGAUGUGAAACUGGAUAACUUUAAAAGUCAAACUAAAAACAGUUUGUCUGGAAAUACUGUUUUAGAUGAUAAAAACUUACUUGAAACAAAUGUCAACUUUAAUGAAGAUGUGCAGAGAGCAUAUACUAAUAGCCUUAAAUAUGGAUAUAAAAAUGAAUUUGAUUCUUUGGAUGUCAAUAUUUGUAAUAAUGAUAUUUCUCAAGAAAUGGAAAUAGAAGACGGAGGUUUUGUUAUUCUCAAGAAUGAAGGAGUGAAGAAAACCAAUGAUAAUUCCAAUCAGGAUUUCACACUUCGGCAACUUCAGGGAACUCUCAAUCUAAGGAAACAGAAAAUUCUUGAACUUUGUGGGCAAACAGAAUCAGUUUCAAGCAAGGAUAUUAAAUCGCCCUCUCCUACAAAGAUUUCAAUUGAUAGAAAAGAAAGGUCACCAAGUUUUAAAAGAUUGGAUGCUUUUUGUACAAGCCCUGGGAGUGUUAAUGAAAAUAUUAGCCCUACAAAAGCUAAUUCUUCUUCAGCAUUAAACAUACCAAAAGCAGACACAUUGCAAAACCUAAGUCCAAAGACAGAUGAAAUAGUUUCACCAAUAAAAGAAUCUUGGAUCAAACAUGAAGGAAAAUGGAAAAGAGGAUAUAUACUUGAUGAUGGUUCAAGUGUUCCGUCUGAAAAAUAUCAGGAUUACAUUUUGAAAUCUAUACCAGUUACUCCAAGCAGUGAUGGAGAACACAGUUUUGAGAAAUAUUCCUCAGCACAGAUUGUGAAGAGUGAUAGUUUUGAAGAAAAUUCCUUGACUUUAAAGCAAGAACAAAGUAGUAAUUUUGAAGAAAUUUCUAAAUGCAGAAUGGAAUUGUUUAAUCAGAACCCUGUACUCGAAGAAGAAGUCUUUGGAAAUAAUGAAGCAGAAUUCACUCAUGAAAAUUUUAAAAUGCACAAAACUGUGUUGGGAGAUAUUAUAAGCAGUAAAGAAUCUUAUGAUUCUGUAGAUGGCCAGCCAUCUGAAAUAAAUAUGCUUUCUCUUGACACCAACUCAAAAAUAAAGGAUUAUGGAGAAACUGAGAUAACUGAGGCUGAGAUGACACAUAAAUCACAAGCUGAGCUAACUUUGCAGACUGAAAGUGUUCAACCAGUCAUUACAGAACAGAAGACUUAUUCACCAGAAAUUGUGGAUGACAUACCAUUUGUUGAUAUGGAUGAAACUGUAUGUGACUCCAACAUUGUUAGCAUUGCUUCAGUUAAGCUAAAAAAUAGUGCAUCUCAAGAUAUUCCUGAAGUCACUCCUACGCAGGAUACACUUAGUUCAGUGAACACGGAGUUUAAAAGCAAAGAGAUGGUAUCCAUAUUGGAUUUACAAGAAAAUACCAUGGAGCAAGUUCCUCAUCCUUCAGUGAUUGAAUCAACUUCUUAUAAUGAGCAUGAAACAGCUGUUGAUUUGGAUACUAUUACAGAUGACCCAAGCACACAUUCUUCUGUUGAUGAGUUGAAGUGUGAGCCACUUAUUGAUUCGGGUUUUGAACACCCACUUCAUGAGUUUGAUAAUGUAUCAAUGGCUGUUUCAGAUAUUGUAACCACGAAUGAUACUGAUAUUGAACGAUUAAUAGAUUCAGGCAUUGCACAACCUUCAGAUAUGGAUUGGGUUCCUAUUACAGAUGAAUAUAAUAUUUUACCUGCUAAUGCUGAAGAGUGUAUACCAUAUUUGAACUGUGAACCAGUGAAUGGAAAUAAAAGGAUGCAACAUGAUUCAGAUGAUGCACUACCAAUCCACAGGAAAGAAGUAGUAAAUGAAAUUAAAAUUGACUCUCCUAGAAAACUCAUUGAUUCUCAGUCCCUGCCAAUGGAUAUACCUCAAGGAAAAAUCCCAGGAUUAAGUACAGAUACUGAAAGAAAUAAAAUAAAAAAUAAACAUACAGAGAAACAAGAAAUGAAUUUUGCAAACAGUUCAGAUACCUACCAUACAUCUGAGGAAACAGAAUCAUCAUUAGGAAAUCAAAGAGAUAUGUCCAUGUUAGAGCAAGAUAUUUAUGCUUCUUCACCUAGAGAAGUUGGUUCUUUAUGUGAUGAAAUUUUCAGCAUUAUUGGUUCACCAACUUUAUUGAAUGAAUCUUGGAAGAAAUUGUCACAGAAUAAAUCUGAAAGUGACUUAAGCAAAAGUGAGAAUGAACUCUAUUUUGAUGGAAAAAGAACAUACAGAAAUUUACCCACGUCUCGAUCAGUUUAUGCAAACAUUAUUCGAUCUUCUAUUUAUGAAAACUCUGAAUCAGAAAGUUCAGAAUCACUGGAUUCUAUCACCAAAACAAGUUAUGAUGAUUUAAAACAGACCAAAGAUAAAAACAACAUCAAACUGAAAGGACAGGGAUACUCUUCAAACGAGGAUUCUCCUGAAGGUUUAAUGUCAUCCAUGGAUUUCUAUUUAGAUGCCAGCGAAUUUGCUCGAGCUUGUUGGUCUGAUAGGAGUACCUUGUCUGAAUUCUACCCAGUUGGAUCACAUCAGAAAUUGAGAGCUAGUGAUUCAUCUACCUACGGGAAAGGAAUAUAUGCUGUAAAGGGUGAAGACAGUCAAGACAUUAAGUUACUGGCAGAAAUCUCUGAAUUGGAUGAGACUUGUGGUGAGAACAAUCAUAUUCUAUCCCAAACGGAACACAGUGAAAAUAUACAGCAUAAUGAUAAUUCAUUAAGUCGAAGUGAAACUUACUGGUCUCCGGGAAGCAGUCCUUCUAUGCGAAAACCUUACAGACGCAGCCUUAGCCUGCCUUUUGCCAACCAUGAUGGUGAAGACGGCAGGUCAAUACUUCACUGUUCAAAGGUUGAUUUGGAGUAUCCAGUGACAACAGCAGGUUUUGGAUCCCCCCCUGAAUUACCCAGCAAGAUUGGCAGAAGCCUACGUAAACACAAUACGGUAAGACGUUUUUCCACCCAGCGAAGUUUAAGCUCCGACUGCACUAAAGAGAAACACUUUUCAACCAGUGCUGAGAGUCAUGGUUACUCUAGAGUGCUUGAUGACUUAUCUCCUUCACACCACACAGUCAGUUUCACUCCAGCUACAGAGGAAACAGCUGGUAGUGACUAUUCUAAAACUUUAUUAAAAAGAACAACAGAUCGGCCUGCAUCUCUAGAUGAGGUCCAACUUCGGGCUCAGUUUUUGGAUUUACGACUAAAAGGAUACAAUGCCUCUGAAGUAACAACAAGCAAAUCUAACGGGAAGGUUUCUCCUUCUCUGUCUGACCACUUUAAUAAGCCUUGUUUGUAUGAUAGUGAAACUGGUAUUAUUAUCCAACAUGGUGAUGAAAUAAAUUACUUACCUCCCAAAAGUCCAGGAAUACUACGAAGAAUGUUUCGUCGUGGGAGAUCUUUCAGUGAAAAAGUUAAGCCUCUAAGGCUUGAUGAAGUUAUAAUUGCUCCAAAAGAAUCUCUGGCUCGGAAAAUGUCCAUGAAGUCAAUUUUCCGUCGAAGUAGAAGUGGCAGUAAUUCUUCUCAGAAGAGUAAAGAAUUUGAUGCUUCCAUUAAGGAUUUACUUGGCUCCAAUGCUGGUAGAUUGGAGGAUGGCAGUGAUGACAGAAUGUCUAAGGAAUCAUAUGAGAAAGGAAGUGAUCCGUCAGGUUUGCCUUUAACACCAAUGAGUGAUGAAGGCAGCCACCGGAGUAACUUCUCAUCUUUAAGCAUGAUUUCCUCAGCAAGUUCUACACCACCCACUUCUCCAGCUAGUUUUAGUUGUACUCUUGUUGGCUCUGACAUACCAAAAGAUGAAGUAUUUGAGGAUGAUAAUACUUUGAGUCUAGCCUAUGACAAGAACUACAACAGUAAGUUGCUCUCAUUUCGGAAAUCAUGCAAACAACACCAGCCUCGUAAUAGUUGUGUUGGUAAAGGGGUCAGUGAGUCAGAAGCCACUGGUGCAUAUAGUGGAUCUUCCAGCAAUUCAAAUGCUUACUUUGCUGCAUCUGACUUGCAUUCUGGAUCUGGCUCAUCCUUUCAGCACCCCACACCAAUGUCAGCUCAGGAAAUGGAUAAACUUGCUGCUGUUGCCCGUGGCGAGAUGGUGUCCAGUAACAGUAGUGACAGUGGUAUACAACAUGAUUCUAGCCUUCAGUCCAGCAAUGAGUCAUUGAAGGUAUAUCAAUGGAAAAUAGGAAAGGAAAAAGAAAGGAGAGAUGGAUAUGAUUUUAAAGUUGUUGAUGUCACUUUGGGAAAUGAGCAAAUGAUUUCUGAAAAUUCUCAUGAAGUUAUUCAUCGAAAGCAUUCUGUAUCAAGUCGUGAACGACCGAAAUCAGAUAUUAAUGUCCAUUGGCCUCAACAUGUCAAACAGGUUGCAAGCUAUUUUGAUCCCAGACAUUUGCGAGAACAUCGUGAGUCUACAAUCUCAAGACCAAGACCAAAAUCUGAUUUGGGUGGUAGCACGCUUUCAUCAGAAGCUAUGAAAGAAUUUCUGCAGGGGAAAUUACCUCAAAGUCAGUCACAGAAAACUAUAUCAGAAAUGAAUCGGACUUCUUAUCUGGUCACCAAAGCCCGGCGGGUACUUGAUGAUAAAAUGUCAACCCCUCACCCUAUAAAAUCAAGGAUUGCCGAUCGCAGUGCUUUGACGAAACAAAAGAAAAUUCUUGGACGAUCACACAGUAUGCCAGAAAACUUAAACAAAAUACACAAACGACGCCGAAUCCAUCCUUCAGGAAGUGAUCCACUUUCUGACUUGCUCUCUCAGCACUCAACAAAUGACGAUUCUUCAGACGAAUCAGAAGUCUCAAUGGAUUACAGUUUACCAGACAAGUGUCACAGCACCCGAACGUCACAGUUGGGGCUGGCUCCACUGGAUGAGAUUUUUGAGACAGAAAAUCUCACAUACGCUGAAGCCCUAUGGGACCAUGUUACAAUGGACCCAGAUGAGCUUGCCUUCCGUGCUGGUGAGGUCAUCAAAGUAACAGACAUGAUAGAUAAAGAUUGGUGGUGGGGAAUUCUUGAAGAUAAAGAUGGCUGGUUCCCUGCAAAUUUUGUCAGAUUGCGAGCCAAUCAAGACCACCAUUUAGAAGAAGCAGCUAAGUUAGAAGGUGCUGAUUCCAGUAAGGAUUCAUCCUCCAAUGUUGGUAAAACUCACCAGUUCAACAGUAACCAGGCCCGAACCAAUGUAAUUAAUGAGAUAAUCUCUGCUGAGAGAGAAUAUGUUCACCAGUUGGAUGAUGUUUUACAAGGUUAUGUUGUUCAAGCCAAGAAAAGGCCAGACAUGUUUCCAGACGACAAGAUUUCUACCAUUUUCGGCAAUUUGGAGGAUAUAUACACUUUUUCUAAAAAGUUCUUCAAAAGUCUUGAAGUCAGUCUCAAAGAUGACUUACACCAAAGUGAAGUGGGUCAUUGUUUUAUUGAACAUAGGAAAGGUUUUGAAAUAUAUUCAGAUUACUGCAACAAUCACCCUCAUGCCUGUGAUCAGUUGAAAGAAUUGUGUAAAAACAAGCGAUAUCGACAUUUCUUCGAGGGUUGCCGCUUACUACAAGACAUGAAACAGAUACCAUUAGAAGGAUUCUUACUCACCCCAGUACAGAAAAUUUGCAAGUAUCCAUUACAGUUGGCUGAACUUCUAAAAUAUACAUCAACCUCCCACCCAGAUUAUCAUGAUGUCUGUGAGGCUCUAGAUGCUAUGAAGAAGAUAGCUUGCCUUAUUAAUGAGAGAAAACGAAGAAUGGAAAGUAUUGAGAAAAUAGCUGAAUGGCAGGCAACAGUCGAAGACUGGGAGGGUCCUGAUUUAUUAGAAACUAGUUCUGAAUUAAUUUAUUCUGGGGAACUAAGUAAAGUUAAUUCCAGUGGUUGGACACAGGAACGCUACUUUUUCUUAUUUGAUCAUCAACUUAUCUAUUGUCGUAAGGAUCUUUUAAAGAAAAAUUCUUUCUCAUUUCGAGGAAGAAUAUAUUUAGACCACAGUAAAAUUUAUCCAGUUGUAGAUGGAAGAGACCCCCAGUUUAAUGUAUAUGUGAAAAAUGGUUGGAAGCUUCAUGACAACAAACGGAACAAAUCCUUCUUAGUGUUCAGUAAAAAUGCCGUAGAGAAAGAUCGAUGGCUAAAAGCAUUUGAUGAAGAAAGGAAGAAAGUGAAAAGUGAUCAAGAAAAUGGUUUUACUAUUCCACCAAGCUUGCGGAAAUCUUGUGCACGAAACAGUUUCAGAACAAAAACACAACCAGAACGGCCAAAAGAAAAAUUAAUGAAAAAGAAUAUGCCUAUGUCAUUUCGUCACCAGCAAGAAUUAUGGAAAAACCUUCCUGCUCAUGCCACACUUCCUCGAGGCAUGACCAAUCCUACUACUUUGCUUGAGAGAUUACCUCACACAGCAGCAAACAAAAAACGGAACUGGUUUUCUUUUGCUGGCAAGAAAAAGCGUUGAAUCCAGAAAAUAGUUUUGCAAUGUGUAUAUUGCAUGUAAAUAAAACUCUGAUAUUUAAAGAACAAAAAAAAAAAAAAAAAAAAAAAAAAUCCCACCAAAAUCCAAACUUCAAAGAAAUAAUAAUUAAAAAAAAAUGGACAAAAAGAAAAUGAAUGUAAAAGCAAAAGUAAACAUACCAGAGUUGUGAUCUUCCACCAGAACUGGAGUUCUGACUGUGCUUCUCUCUAUAUAAUAUUGCAUGCCAAGUCAUAAAUUAUAUUAAAAAAAAAAAACAUUGCUUGGAAGAAAUUACAACAGAUUAGAACAAAAUUAUGAUUUAAAAGAUCUAGAAGAGUUCAAAAUAUUUUGGAAUAUGUGCUGUUGAUUUCUGGCCUUUGAGUGACAUGAAUUCUAUAGAGCUUCUUCAAAAGCUCCUGACACCAAUUCAGCUACAUUGUCAUUAGAAACUGAGGACAAUUAGAAAUUUGAAAAUCUGUUUCUGA